UGCCCCCGCCUCGCCGUCCGCAGUGGGACCCGCUACCAUCGGGAGCCGGCGGCCCCUCCUUUGCCGGGUGGAUUGCGAAGGCGGCCGGCAAAGAACUGCUGCCUUGAACGGGUUGGGGAAGCGAGUGGGCGGGUUCAGGAGACGCGGCUGUACCUUCGGAGCAGCUGUUGCCCUCAAACUGAAAACGGCAGCACUUGAAAGAAUGGGAUGGAAAUAAAAGUGUGUGCGUGAGAGGGGGAGAUACUAAGAUCAAGCCUUCGUUGGGAUAGUUGUCAUGAGGAAAAAGAAGCUUAAAAGCACAAGUUGAAAGUUCAAGCCCCUAUUCUCUCCCCCAUGGGGUCCUUUCUGUCCAAAUCUGUGCUGGAGGUGAAUCCUUGCGAUAAACCAAGUGUACAAAGUUAGCUGCUCAGGAUUUUAUGCAAGUUUCAUGGCAGAACAACAAAUUGUUCUGGGAGGUCAGAUGCACCAAGUUGUAUUUCUGCUAAAAUUAAUAUGCAGAACAAAGUAAAAAUAUGUCAUAUGAAUCAUAGGAUGCAUACUCUAUCACGAUUGACAGUCUUCACAACACUCAAAGCAAGAGAGUUUAAGGGUGGCUCCUGCAUCCCCUUUCAGAGCAUGCUUAUAGAUGUAGUGAGGGUUCUUGCCUGUGUUUUGAGAUCAUAGGUGUAGGUUAUCACAGAUUGUUGUUGAAUGCAACAGUUUGCUCUUGAGUUUGUGACCUGUGUGUUUAAAUCUUUUACCACCACUGCUAAUCUUGAAAUACAGUGUGUAAUCCCUAAGUGGCAGGUUAUCUGUAAAAUUUUUGAAUCUGUUCGUCAAGAUACUAAAGGACAUCAUCUUGACACAUAAUGAUAAAUACAACUUUGAAUGAAUUAUAUUUGUCAGUGACUGUCGUAAAUAGAGACCAUGGCUGCGAUCUAGCUCAGAGUCAUACCCACUUAAGACUUUGGUCCUGUUAAUGCUUUUUGUGGGAGUAAACUCCAUUGGUCUCUGGGGCUUAUUUCUCAAUAAACAUACAUAGAAUUGCAUUGCACAUCCAUUUGGUUAAAUAUUUAUAAAUGGACACUGCAAUAGGCCUGUUACUGUAAUAAAAUAUUGAACUGUGUUUCCCACAGCAUAGCUAUGAUGCAGCUUUUGAAAGUGAUCACUGUCUGCCUCCAGUAGCUUGUACAGAGUUGAACCUUUUGAAAUGGAUUCUGGUAACACCUUCCUCCACACUUAAGUUGCUAAAUAAAUCUGAUGGGUGAGAGGUAGAUUAAACUAGAUGUGCAUUGUCUAAUUUAUCACUGCCAGAAUACAUGAGAGCUACUAAAACCAAAAUAGGUUGGUUGGCCCCUUCAUGGUGGCUUCAGAAGCUACAGAGAUACAGAAUAAUGCUGAACUAAUUUUAAACAAAACAAUGUUCUGCAUUGGUGCAAAGUUAGCAGAAAAAUCUACUGAAGUCAGUUGUGCGUAACAGAAAGGCACCUGUGUAUCAAUUACUCUGUGACUUUAGGUGUUUCAUUUACCGUAAAUGUAUCCCAAGAUUAGAUGGUACACUUCUUUACCAAUAUGCAAAAUAAUAUUUGAAAUGAUCUCUAGCUUAGAUGUUCUAAUUAGGUCUUGAUACAGCCAGUAUCAUAUCCGUUCAUGGGCUACUUUGGAGAAAACUAAUUCUUCAGUCUGUCUUUAGGGUGUACAUUUGCAUUCUCCCUGUGCUGUCUCUGUAGUGGUUCUGUGCAGUUUAUUAUAGUUGCACCCGUUAACACUGUUAUAGUUAAUGAUCUGUCAGAGCUGGAAUUAUAAAUCCUGUUUACCCAGGGGUUUAUGGAAGUCAUUAAAAGUACUCUGGAAGGAAAAACAGGUUAUAAAAGCUUUGACCUGGGGAUGCACAUUUAAUGUCCAUAUAAAAAUCUGUUUCUCUUCAGCCAUUAAAAUAAUAAUUGUAGCCACUUUGAAACUACAUUUUCUCCACAUGCUGCUGUUCAACCUAUAUCAAGCUUUGUAAAUAUAUAUAUAAAGACUUCCUAAAUAUUGAUAUCCCUAGAAAGUAAAAAAUGGAAUAUAUCUUAUUUUGUUGUGUUUAAUUUUACACAGCAAUACCUACAUUGCUGUCUAGUGGAAAAUAGGUAACCCCCUAUAAAAUGAGGGAAUGGGACAAUGUCUAAAAUGUUACUGCAAGAUUAACUGAAUCUUACAAUAUGAACAUGGUGCGUUAUUGAAUCUAUGUUGAUGUUAUUGUUUAUAUAGAUACAUCAUUGCACCUCCAUAGUAACACCUACAGUAAUUUAAUUCACUUUCUCAACUGUCUUUUUACACUGAAGUGGUUAGGGUUGCUUUUCCCUACUUUCCUCCUAAAAUCUUCUAAAGUGUAGCUGUGUUCAGAUGAUCAUAUCUCAACCCCUUUGCAGCAUGAGCAACCAAACAAGGAAGUCUUAUAAAUUAAAACAGGUUCUCGUGUCACCCAAACCAGGAAAAACAACUUUGGAACAAACCAGGUUAUUAACCUGUGGGUUGAAGCUGUUUUCAAAGGCUGGCUUGUUCCAAAGUUGGCAACCAUGAUUUCUUAAUUUGUAUUUGAACUAGAGCAGGCAUCCCCAAACUGCGGCCCUCCAGAUGUUUUUGCCUACAACUCCCAUGAUCCCUAGCUAACAGGACCAGUGGUCAGGGAUGAUGGGGAUUGUACCGGUAGUCCAAAACAUCUGGAGGGCUGAAGUUUGGGGAUGACUGAACUAGAGGCUUCCUGGUUUAACCAUGGCUUCUGUAAAGGUGGCAUGCACAGGGAAAAUACUUCUUAAGCUGAGAUAUGAUCAUCCAGACCAACUCAGAAGCUAGGUAAUAACCCAUAGCAAGUUGUCAUUUUCAAGGGAAGUUAAUUAGCAACCAAGGGAUAUAAAUAUGUAAUGUUAAUGCUCCCAAUACUGACCUCUUGGGGGGGGAAAUCAAAAUGUGGGUUGAGCUAGUAAGUUGCAUGUUACUGUCCCUAAACCUGUUGGCUUAUAUGGUGGUUUUUGUUUUGUUUUUAAAGCCAAUUCAAGGGAGCUUUGGAAUAUAGCAACCAAAAAAUAAUCAACUGUGCACUGGCUGUAUUUAUCUAUGGAGGGCAGGCCAUCUGAGCAGGGAAGAUGGGGAGGGAGUGAAAACGCUGGAUGGAUGUGAUAUGGAAAUAUUCAACUUGGAAAAGGCAAAUGCUCCUUCCCUUAGGCUGAUUAGAGUGUUUCCCUGUGUGAGUUUUUUUGUGCUAAUCAUUUGCUGUUUUGUAGAAAUGUAGGCUGCUGCCUUACACAGAUCAUACUGUUUGUCCAUUGAGUCUGUAUUGUCUACUCUGAUUGGCAGCAGCUCACCUACAAUUUCAUGCUGCAAUUUUCUCCAGCAUUUGUAUCAGAGAUCCUCAGGUUUUGUUAGACUACAACUCUUGCCAGCUUCAGCCAGCAUGACCAGUGGUGAGGGAUGAUGGAAGUUGUAGUACAGCAACAUACGUAGUGCAGCCACUGGUUCUUCGUCCCAGCUUUAAUAGGAGAUGCCAGGGAAUGAACAUAGGAAGGACUAAUCUGUGUGCAAAACAUGUGCUCUGUCACUGAGCUAAAUAGUCCCUCUGUGUUAUACAAGCCUUAUCAUUCUUCUCUGCCUCUUCUAAGUAUAGUUUGCAAAUGUUGCAACAUUAUUAAUCAUAGCAUUUCCUAAACAACUAGUGAUUGCAGGCACAACUCCUUUAAGAUAAACAUGUCUCUGGGAUAAGCUUCUGUUCAUCUCCUCUUUGAAAAUUGGCCAUGCUUCUUAUUUUUUUAAAACAGUGAGUUACGAAAAAGACAUUUCCUUUCCCACCAUGACUCUUUAGGAAUUAAUGCAAGACACAGUUGGAAAAUGCCCAUAUGCAGGGGUAACUGAAACUUGAUUCCAGAGCCUAGGGAUUUCAACUAUUUUUCUGUGCUAAGGUGUCAGCAAUUUUUUGAAAGUUCAAAUACACAGCAUAGACUGGCUCAUUCUUACCUACCUUAUUUCUGAGUUCUAGUUUUGCUUUGCAAAAUUCAUGCUGACUCUUUAAGUGAUAAAGAUAAAAUGUUUAGGUAGCUUGUUCUUGAGCUUGCAAUUACUUGUUUCUUAAAAAUAUGAAACACUUCUAUUUAUCCAUCAUGUUUGGGAAUCUUGGAAGCAGGUGGAACUCUCCAGAGAAAAUGUUAAAACCUUUUUUUCUUAAUACUCUUGAUCUAAUGUGGAAAUCUGUGAAUAGGAGCCUAGAGAAUUUUAAUAGCAGAGUCCUGCAAUAAUUUUGGAAUAUUCUUGUUGAAUUGUUUGAAUGUUUACUCAGUUGGUCUUUCUUGAACCCAAGUUUGGUCUUCUCAUCAUACAUGAUUCAGCAAAGUAUUCCCAAAUUCUUACAGUGCACACUAUUAGUUAUUUAAUAAUACUUUAUUUAUUUCUUACAUUUGUAUCCCAUCCUUCUUCCCAAAGAAGCUGAGGGCAUCUAAUAAACCUAUCAUAAGACAUCUAAAAACUAUUCCAAUGCAGAUACAGACUUGGAAAGAUAUCUACUUAAAAGGCUCGUUGGAAGAGGAAGGUCUUCAGAAGGUGUUAAGGGACAAUAGAGUUUGUGUCUGUCUCAUAUUUAAUGGGAGGAAAUUCCAAAGGGUAGGUGCCACAGCACUAAAGCUUCUUCCUAUAUUGUGUGGAACGGAAUGAGCCUCCUGAUAAAAUUGUAUCUGCAAUCAGCCCUCACCUGCAGAGCGCAGUGAUCAAGUGCAUAUAUAAAGGGUAAGGCAGUCUUUAAAGUAACUGGCUCCCAAGUUGUAGAGGGCUUUAUACACCAAAACUAGCACUUUGAACUUAGUUCAGUAACUUGGCACUAAUGCAAAAUUUAACAUCUUCAAAAUGCUCAGUGGGAGCUGAAUUACCCAUUCAGAAAUCUUCCUUGUAUUGCACCACUUCAGACUGCUGGCUACGCAACAAAUAUUUUCCAACUUAAAAAUCUCUGUGUGUAGAACAAAUAAACCAAGGAGUACCCUAGACUUUAACCUACUUGACAUGCUAACUUUCCAUAGGAAGAGAGUUUUUUAAAAGAAACAUUGAGACUAGUCUUCAGUGGUUUAUUCAUCCCCACCUUCUUUGUGGGUGACAUUCGUUUGCUUCUUCUUGUCAUAAGAAUUUAAUAUGUCUGAAACAAACAAAACUUUUUUAUGUUAGGACAAACCAGCUCAAAGCAGAGCAAUUUAUAUUAAGAAAUUCUGUCAUCAAGUGGCUAGAAUGCAUUUCUGGCCAAUGCCUUUCUACACAUCUGACUUAAGCAGAAGUCAUUCUGUAGAUAUGAUAUCUCAGACAAGGACAUUACAGACUGUUGGAGUAAUGCAGUGCUUCACUUGGUUGAAACUAAAAUAUUAGUGGUUACUAUAGGAAACUGGCUUAUACUGAUUCAGACCAUUGGACCAUCUAGCUCAGUAUGGGCUGUGCUGAUUGGCAGAGGCUCUAUAAGGUUGCAGGCAGGGGAUCCUCUUAGCCCUACCUGGAGAUGCCGGUAGUUGAACCUGGGACCUUCUGCACGCAAAGCAGGCACAGUAUCCAUGAGACAGUAGUUAUUAGGCCUGCACUUAAGAAGCUGCCCUGCAUUGAGUCAGGCUAUUGGUCUCUAUAGCUCUGUACUGUCCAGUGUCCUUGGUGGCUGGCAGUGAGAAGUCAUUCUCAGCCCUAGCUGUGACCUUUUCCUUGUAGGGAGUGUGCUCUGCCACCAAAGAAUGGGCCUUGAAUAUUGCAAGUUGAGAGGUGAUGUUUAGUUUUUUUGUUUAAUAUAAUCAUAUGUAAAUUAUCUUUGUGAAGGUUGGCAACCUACUAAUAAGUUGUACGUGAGAACUUUUUACUGGAAUUUAGAUACAGUAUUUACAAAACAGCUGGAGGUCAGAUAUGUACAGUAGCUGGCUGUUCUGUGAAUGCUGGCUGCAGUAUUUGUUUUUUUGUACCACCUGGUUGAAAGGGCUUAACAAUCCUUUUGAAAAGGGAGCUGUUCAUCAGUAGAAUGUUAUGCUUUCAUCUUUCCCAGAAGUGGGACAUAGCUACUCCCUAAAUUUUUGAUACAGCUUGCAAUGUUUUGUCUGCCUUUAUCGUUGGUUGCAUCCUGUGUUUAACCAUGUGUGGAUGAGUAAAACAAGGGUUGUAGAUUUCUGUUUUUUCACGCUUUAGGUCCAUAGCAUUGAGUCGCAUUAUUUCGAUUGCAAGAGACUGAAAUGGCUAGCAUACUUUGGACAAAAUCUGCUCAGUUUUCUGCUUCUGAUUAGCUGUCUAAAGUGAGGUCUUUAUUCAAUUUGUACAGUUCAACCUUAUCUGCCUCUAUAGCUUGUGCGGCAUCCAAAUAUCUGAAUAUCCAGACUUUUUGGCAAUAGGGAUUUCUGUUUACCUGGAAUUACAUAGCAGCAAGCACAAGUGUAACUAAGAGUUAAAGAUAAUGUGACUAUGAUUGCUUAAAGUGAUGUUUGCUCCAUGAGAAAUGGCUCAUGGGUUCUAGUGUGGUUUCUGUCUUAUGAGUCCGGCUUCUCUGUUGAGGGUUUGUAAUCUAAGCAUAUUGCUCUUUUUAAACAUCCAUUACAAUUAGACAUACUUUCUACAUUUCACUUGGCUAGAUGUCCGUGUUGUAAAUGCCAGUGGAGUGGCUUAUUAGAAGUUGCUGUUCGUAUGACAUCUAAUCAGUUCAGUGUCUGAGCACCAAACUAGAAGCAAAUCAGCUUGGCAGCUGAUUCCUGAAACUGCACCUGGAAGGCGUGCCUUGGGAUUUUGCUGCUAAUGGCUUGGCCAGCCCACAUUGUGAUUGGAACUGAAACAUGGCAAACUAAGCCUCAUGAGAUUUGAUGCAUGUCCUAGAGUACUUGUCACUUUAAUUCACGCUGAACAUGCUUUGCUUCACUUGUUGUGUCACGUUUCCGCUUUUUUAGCUCCCUGUCACCCUCCUUUCCUGGCCUUUUAGCACUUGGAUACUCACUGGCUAUUUUUAUGUUGUAACAGAGUCUGCAUUUAUUGCAUAAUGUAAUGUUUUGGAGCAUCAUCUCUGCUGAAGGGACCUAUUAGGAUAAAUAGUUUUUCACUUCUCGGGGAUUAUUCAUGUAGUCAUUUAAGUAUGCUGAUGUCAGCACACAUUGGACAGAUUUAGUGGGUUUUUGUCAUUUUAACCAGCCUCAUGAAUGUUCCGGCACAUGUCCAGGAUGAGACUAGCCACAGUCUGGUUCUAUUAGCUUUUCAAUUAUUUUUAAGAAAAUGGUUAGUCAUGAUCUAGACAUGUUUUGGAACGCUUAUAAGGCCAGGCUGCUAAGCCAACACAGGUGCUGAUGUUUUCAGUCAUUAUCAGGGAGAGGCUGCUUAAGUACCCUUGCCAAACUCAUUGGUAACCAAAUAAACAUUUAUAAAAAUUUGUCUAUAUUCUGACUCCUUCUGAAUGCUGAAAGUGUUGUUCAUGGAUGGGAUGUUGCUACCACAUGUGUUGAAAAGAUCCUUAAGCAGUGUCCUAAAUGUGGAAGUGAGAAACAGAGACCAAAUGUUUUCUUACAUUACAUGGUUUCCCCCCCUAAAAUUACCCAUGCUUUGGCUUUACAAAUCCUUAUCUGUAUCACUGAUGGCUAUUUCAGUGAAGGACAGGAACUGGGAAUUCCUGAUAGCUGUCAGAAUAAAUACAGCAAGUGCAGCCAUAAGAAAUAAUAAACAUGUAGAUGACUUCUCCACUUGCCUUGCUGCUUUGAUUUUUUAACAAAUCCUGAAUUGCAAAUCAGAACAACCUAAGGAUUUGGGAGCACAGCAGCAGUACCAUUACUGAGAGACGUUUUGAUAUCCUUUUUUCUGUGUCUCAGUGGGGUAGAUUCUUGCAUUGUUCUUUCUGCCAUGAAAUUACUUCUUGCCAUGGGGAGCCACAUGGGACUAAAUUAUGUGAAAGGCUCAACAUGGAUUAGGAUUGUGGCCAGCAUGAACGUAGUGUUGAUGAUUUGCUCAACUUGUGUAUCUAUGUUCUUAAUGCAUUUUGAAUUAGCCUCCCACAACACAUCUUCACAUGCACACCCCCACUCAGGAAAUGUUAGCUCAUUGUGAACCUAGUCUCUGUUUGGUAUACUGUUCAGUUACAGUCUCUGUUUCUGUGUUGUCAUAGGAGCUUAGUGAUUGGCUAGUGUGGGAACAUUUCUAUGCAUACUGCUUGCUCAAUUGAGGGAUGCAGUGACCUUUGUAAUUAGUCUUGCUGUUUUGAUGCCUCCUACGGUUGUAAAACCUUUUCAUAAAUGUGUUGUACAAUAUAAAUAUUGGCUAAAUAGGGACAAAGUAUAUGCUCCGUUGCAGUUGCUUUAAAUUUGCUAACAUCAAAGCCAUAAAAAAGAUCUUACAUCUUCUUGAGGUGAGCUUGGCUUGAGGAUUCCAUCAACAUUGGUGGCCCAGGACAUUCUGCUUCCUGAGGCAAAGGACAGUAUGGUGCCCCAUUCCUAUUCCAUGCCCAGAAAUCAGCUGGGCUAGCAGUUUUAUUUUUCAAAAUGGUGAUUGGACAUUGUCUUCAACUGUACCUGAAGGCAGGAUGCUAGCUUAGGUGGCGGUACAGGGCAAGCCACAUAAUCCACCCAUCUCUGGCCUCCAAGGUUUUGCUACCACUCCCCAGCAUGUUGCUUAGGGUCGCUACUGCACUCUGUCUGAUUGUAGGGCUGGCUCCUGUCAACCAACUUAGAUAUUCUUUUUGGCUGUCCCAUGGGAUGCAUUCUAAAUUGAGCAUAUUCAGGAUGUUUGCUGCUUUUAUUUAUGCUACUUAAUGGCACUUGCUUUCAUUUGUGAGCUCUUUGAUUCAGAAUUUGAUAACUUCUGGUUUCUGUUGCAUUUCUUCACAGGCUGCCUGCUGUUACCCGGGAAGAUCAUGAAACGAGGUCGACUUCCCAGCAGCAGUGAGGAUUCUGAUGACAAUGGCAGCUUGUCAACCUGGUCCCAGCAUUCUAGGUCUCAGCAUCGGAGAAGUUCAUGCUCUAAGCACGAAGAUCGGAAACCAUCAGAGCUGGCACCCAGCAACCUUUCUUCUGGCCAGGAGAUCAGGGAGCUCAGCUGCUGCCACAGUCCCUGCCAGCAUCAAGUAUUUAGAACAGACCUGAUCACUGCCAUGAAGCUGCCUGAUUCCUACCAGCUGGACCCUGAUGAGUACUAUGUGCUGGCAGACCCUUGGAGACAGGAAUGGGAGAAAGGCGUUCAGGUGCCAGUCAGUCCGGGGACCAUUCCAGAGCCAGUAGCCAGGGUUGUAUCUGAGACAAAAGCAGUCAUAUUUACAAGACCUCGGAAGUACAUCCUUUCUUCAGGUUCUGAGCCCCCUGAGCUUGGCUACGUCGACAUUCGGACCUUGGCAGAGAGCGUCUGUCGCUAUGACCUUAAUUUCAUGGAUGUAGCAUGGUUGGAACUGGCUAAUGAAGAAUUCAAAGAUAUGGGGAUGCCUGAACUGGAUGAAUACACCAUGGAGAGAGUUAUGGAAGAAUUUGAACAGCGAUGCUAUGACAACAUGAAUCAUGCUAUCGAGACUGAGGAAGGGCUUGGAAUUGAGUAUGAUGAGGAUGUUGUCUGUGACGUUUGCCAGUCUCCAGAUGGUGAAGAUGGCAAUGAGAUGGUGUUCUGUGACAAAUGCAAUAUUUGCGUUCAUCAGGCAUGCUAUGGCAUCCUAAAAGUUCCAGAAGGCAGCUGGCUGUGCCGAACCUGUGCUCUUGGUGUUCAGCCCAAGUGUUUGUUGUGUCCCAAGAAAGGCGGAGCCAUGAAGCCAACUCGUAGUGGGACUAAGUGGGUCCAUGUUAGCUGUGCCCUCUGGAUUCCUGAGGUGAGCAUUGGCAGCCCAGAAAAGAUGGAGCCCAUCACAAAGGUCUCCCAUAUUCCCAGCAGCAGAUGGGCCCUGGUGUGCAGUCUUUGUAACGAGAAGGUUGGGGCAUCCAUACAGUGUUCAGUGAAAAACUGCCGCACAGCCUUCCAUGUCACUUGUGCAUUUGACCGUGGCUUGGAGAUGAAGACUAUUCUGGCCGACAAUGAUGAAGUCAAGUUCAAGUCUUACUGCCCCAAGCACAGUUCCACCAAGAAGUCAGAUGAGGAAAACCUCAGUGAAUUCACCAGCCAGGAAAAUGAGAAUGGGGCACAGGACAGUUCCCCUCCUGCUCACCUAGAGCCUUUUGACAGCAUGGAUCAAAACCAGGAGGAGGCCCACAGGGUCAGCGUUCGCAAGCAGAAGCUUCAACAACUGGAAGAUGAGUUCUAUGCCUUUGUCAACGCCUCAGAAGUGGCCAAGGCGCUGCAGCUUCCCGAGGACUCUGUAGAAUUUUUGUACCAGUACUGGAAGUUGAAGCGGAAAUCAAACUUCAACAAACCUUUGAUCACCCCAAAGAAAGAUGAAGAGGACAAUCUGGCCAAACGGGAGCAGGAUGUUCUGUUCAGGCGGCUACAGCUUUUCACCCACCUCCGGCAGGAUUUGGAGAGGGUACGAAACCUAACAUAUAUGGUGACCCGACGGGAAAAAAUUAAAAGAUCUGUUUGCAAAGUCCAGGAACAGAUAUUCAAUCUCUAUACAAAUCUUGUGGAGCAUGAAAGAGUUUCAGGCAUGCCUUCCUCCUCCUCCUCUAUGGAAAAUAUAAUGCUCUUCAACAGUUCACCACUGGGCCCAGAUGCACCUCAGAUAGAGGAUUUGAAAUGGCACUCAGCUUUCUUCAGAAAGCAAAUGGGCAUGUCAUUGAGUCAUUCUUUGAAAAAAACACAGAAGAGAGAGCGGAUGAGGAGGAGCUCUGGGCAUGAUGACAAAUCUUUACUCAAGCAGCCCAGCCAAAGGGAAGGCUUUGCAACUCCCAGUAGCUUUUUCAGUUUUGAAAAGACAUUUGCAGAAGCACAAAUUGGAUCAGCACAACAGAAGAAUGGGGUUGUUAUAGCAGACCACAGGAAGAGAAGAGACAAUCAUUCCCAUUGUGAUGUGAUGAAGGUAGGACUGAAGGAGAAACCUUCUAAACACAACCACAAACCCCUGAGACCCAACGAACUGUCUCAGAGGCAGUUAGAAAACAAAAGGGCCGUGAACCACCCGAGUGGCAGGUCAGCACCUGGAACCCGGAGGGAUAUAGUGCCUAAAUGCAAUGGAUCUUUUUUCAAAAUGAACUAUAAUCCAACUCCGGUUAAAGUGCCUACGACACCCAGAAGCCCUGUGAAAAACUGGGGAGGAUUCCGAAUUCCAAAGAAAGGAGAAAGACAACAGCAGGGAGAAGGGCAGGAAGAGAUGUGCCGCCAAAACUCUAACUAUCCUUACUCGGGCCUGGGUCGAGUUUCCCCUAAAGAGAGGGCCAAAAGCAACUUAAAAGUGGACAGCGAGAAUGAUGGGUACGCCCCUGAUGCUGAGAUGAGCGAUUCAGAAACUGAGAUGGCCGAGAAGAAAUGCAGGCAACAAAGGCUCAGUUCAAAUAGCACUAUUCCUAGGAGGACAGACAUCAUUAGGAGAAGCAUCCUUGCCUCCUGACUAGAGAGUGGGACACAAUAGCAGCACUGGAAUCAGUGAAGCCCCAGCCUGGAAAAAUUAUCCACUCUGCGUUAUUUAUUGGUGUGACAAGAAGGGUGGGGGGGUCCUUACACAUGGCUACAAUAUAAGCCAAGAGUGAGCCUGUUUUCUCCGGGCUGUAGAAAUAUGUUUACGUGCACUUGACUAAGAGUUUGUCCUCCACCCGUCAUGUCCGUGAGAUUACAACCUUUUUUAAUUGCAACUUUUCUGAAGAAAUCACAUGAGAAGAUGAUCUUGCUAUGCCAAUUGAUCAAUAAGAUGAAUACAAAUUAAAAGAUAAAAUCAAAAUCAAACACUUAAUGGGGGUAGAUUUGGAUGGGGAAACCCUGAUUUAGGUGGAUAGCACUAAGGAUUUUCCUCUGUCUCUGAAAAGCACAAGCUGUUAGUACACAAGGAUUUACAAUGGUGGUUAUAAUCACCCUGCACUGCAUCGUCCACUCUAAAUUGUCACUUUGGUGAUGCUGUGCUAGGACUAAGCCCUAGUAGUCUGCAUUUUUUGUUGUUUUAGGGUGGUGGUGGUGGUGUUUUUUCCCUGGCAGCUUUAUGAACCCCAGAAGAGUUUUCAUAAAAGCCCAUCAAGCAGGUAAGAGGAAUUUACCAUGACUACUAAGAUACCUGAAGGGAUAGAACCAAGCUGACCAAUUGUGAAAACAGUAGCAGCAUAGUGCUAUUCUGAAGGGACUCAGACUAAGAGUAUGAAAACUACUCAGCUCCUCAAAUUUGGAGAGUAUGUCUUAAAAGUACUUUUUAUCUUGUUCUGAGAAGGAAGGCAGACUUGUAGCCUGCUAUAUUCUGCUGACAAUGCCCAUCCGAAAUAUGAUGACAAUUCAAGUGGGAAAGACUCAGUGCGUCUACACUGCAAAUAGUAAAUAGUUUUUGCUGUCAUGGUUCCCCUCCUUCCUUGUCUACUCUCCAACCUGAGAACUGUAACUCUGAUGGGCAACAGAUUUUUCAAUAACGCAUUCUCAGCAUCUCAUCACACAAUUCCCAGGUUUUUGGGGAGAAGCCAUGACAGGUAAACAGGCUGAAAUUUGCUUUGAAGAUAUGCCCAUGUUUCUAAAGGCUCUAGUCAGCAGCCUUUCCCAAUAUGCACUAACGGUAUGUGUUGGGAUAUGCAAUUUUCUGACACACAAGGGUUACUUUAAAUAAAAAGAGAAGGAUGUAAUAAAUAUAUAUAUAUUUUGAAUACAAUGGAAAGGCAAUAAGAUGUGAGUAGCGUUUUACAUUCAAGCCAAUUUAACAACAUGAUUUUAUGAUAAGGAUUAGAUUUGACCAAGGAGGGGCUUGUGUUCUGAUUACAUCAUUUUAAGAAUUGCAAUAACUAAUGAGAAUAAGCCAUCAGCAAUAAGAUGAACAGAUCGUUCAGAGUCUUUUUCUUUCUUUUUUGCACCCAUAGAGUGUGUGUCUCUAUCGCGAGUGCAUCUAUAAUGCACAUAACGUAGUUUUAGGCUGCAGUAACUUUGGGGACAGAACUUUGAUGUAAAAUCAGAUAUAACCUAGUUUUAAGAAAGUUUAAGCAGCUGUAGGUGUUUAAAAUAAAAAUAAAAAUGGGCAGCCCUCCCCCAGUCCAUCAACAGCUACUUCACUCGCAAGAAGUGGGUUUACAGCUAUGAAAGAAAUGUUGAAGCCUUGCAAUUUGACUUGAGUCUUCCAGGGGUUUCAACUGAGAACUGGAUUGCUGCUGUUCCAUCUUGCUAUGCAAGUCACUGAAUGAUCAAAAAACUGCUUGGGGAGGUUGACACAGUACAUGUUCCUUACAUGCAAGCAGCCCUGGCCUUCUCCACUUGGAAAAAUGUAAUGUGUGUACCUGUGAAUCAAAUAUAUUUAGUAGGAGUUUGCAUGAUGAUGUAUUUUGGGAACCAGCUCUCAGAAUUCAUUCCUAUUUGCUUCUGGAACAGAGGUCACAAUCCUAAAACAAAUGAAAACAAACUCAAGAUUUAGAAAUUAGUUGUGGGAUCACAUCAUCUCCAUUUACUCUUGGUUCCUCUCAGUUUCUUGUUUGGCACUGCCCAUAUUUACAAUAUUGCUUGUACUAGAAUCAGAAACCACACUUGCAAGUGGAGCUUCCAAAUCUAGUUUGGAGGGCAGAUGUUACAGCAAACUGGUUUGUGCUUAAACAGGCAGCUGAAAGGGGAUCCAUGUGGGAGGGGAAGGGAAAUGUGCAACUUUGUGGUUUGUACAUGUUUUCUCAAACAAAUGUUUGGAGGCGCAUCUG